AUGGGGCCCUAUGAAUUUAAGAGACCCUGGCUCCUGGAGGACACAGCUGCUGUGUGCAGAGACCUGGACUGUGGCUCUGCUGUUUAUGGAGAAAAGAGAGAGGAUUUUCCACAGAGUCCAGUGUGGAGUGUCUUAUCUUACUGUGUGGAGAAGUCUGCAGUGAGAGACUGUGUCUUUGAUUCAUCCUCCUCUUCCUCCUCUUCCUCGGUUCUGGAGGUGAAGUGUUCAGACUUACUGAAUCGUCCGGUCAUCUCUCUGUCUGUGUCUGACGGGGUUUCCGAGGCCCUGCCGCAGGGGGUCCGGGUGCUGCUGGGGUCAAAGUUCAGGGUCAAAUGCUCUGUGGAGCCACAGUACCCGGGAGGCUCCUUCCAGCUCCUCUCUCCCACGGCGCCCCUCGGUCAGAACCACACCCUGCCCGCUGUCAAUCACUCCGCACACUUCCUGUUCUCUGACACUGGCCCCGCCCACAAAGGAAACUACACCUGUGUUUACCACCUGCAUGUGUUCAACCACAGCUUCUCCUCUCAGAGCCCCAGCCUCCAGCUCUCUCUGGGAGCUUCAGACUCAGCCCUGAUCAUCAGAGUCCUGCUCAUUCUACUGUUGAAGCUCCUCUACAUCCUUCCAAUGCUCUACUACUACUGCAAGGUACUGGACCUUUAG